GUGUGUGUUUACGUCCAACGUGAUUGCGUUGAAUCGAAUUUACGUCGUGCGUCACGUGUUGUGCGCGGGAUCUUUGGUUAUCAAACGUUGAGUUAGAGGGAGAAGUUCGAACAGAUGAGAAAGAGAAUAAAUCACGGAAGAUUGAAGCUGACACAGUGACUUACAACACACAGGUAUUCUUACACCAUGGCAAUGAGGAGCGAGGCCAGGGUGGAGGCAGAGGUGGAGGAGGAAGAAAACUUCGGACCACAGCCUCUGUGUAGACUCGAGCAAUGUGGAAUCAGUGCUAGUGACAUCAAGAAGCUGGAGGAUGCAGGUUUCCACACUAUUGAGGCAGUAGCCUACGCACCGAAGAAGGAGCUGCUCAACAUCAAGGGCAUCAGUGAGGCAAAAGCUGACAAAAUUCUAACUGAAGCAGCCAAGCUGGUGCCUAUGGGCUUCACCACAGCCACGGAGUUUCACCAGAGGAGAGCAGAAAUCAUCCAGAUCUCAACAGGCUCCAAGGAGCUCGACAAGCUACUGCAAGGUGGGAUUGAGACCGGCUCCAUCACAGAGAUGUUUGGAGAGUUUCGGACGGGAAAGACUCAGCUGUGCCACACGCUGGCUGUCACCUGUCAGCUGCCCAUUGAUCAGGGAGGUGGAGAGGGUAAAGCCAUGUACAUUGACACAGAGGGAACCUUUAGGCCAGAGAGGCUUCUUGCUGUAGCAGAGAGGUACGGGCUUGUAGGCAGUGACGUUCUGGACAACGUGGCUUAUGCCCGAGCCUUUAACACAGACCAUCAGACCCAGCUUCUGUAUCAAGCGUCUGCCAUGAUGGCUGAGUCCAGGUAUGCUCUGCUGAUCGUGGACAGUGCCACAGCUCUGUACAGAACAGAUUACUCAGGGAGAGGAGAGCUGUCAGCGAGGCAGGGACACCUGGGCCGUUUCCUGCGUAUGCUGCUCAGACUGGCAGACGAGUUUGGUGUUGCCGUGGUGAUAAGCAAUCAGGUGGUUGCACAGGUGGAUGGGGCAGCCAUGUUCUCAGCUGAUCCAAAGAAACCAAUAGGAGGCAACAUUCUGGCCCACGCCUCCACCACACGUCUGUACCUGAGGAAAGGCCGAGGAGAGACGAGGAUCUGUAAAAUCUACGACUCGCCCUGUCUGCCCGAGGCUGAAGCCAUGUUUGCCAUCAAUGCUGACGGAGUGGGCGACGCCAAGGACUGAGUGGGCGACGCCAAGGACUGAGUGGGCGACGCCAAGGACGGCGCAGCACUUGAUCACACAUGAAACCUCAGAGUGACUGAAGGCUGAGGCCAGUGCUGCACACGUGCAGAUCAGUGAAGCCUAACCAGCUGGAACAUGGAGUUUAACUGAACACAAACAUCGUUUCAUGCUUCUUUUAGUGUUGUGCCACAAUUGUGAGACAUUGUCAUAAUGAGGUUACAAAGAAUUGUAAAGGUUUCUUUUCUUUAAUUUAGUCUGUUGAAAAGGCAGUUCCAACUUCAUUUUACAAUCAACAUAUUUUCACUGUCAUUUCUUCUCAUUUCUUUACUGGAACCUUUGAUGUCCAAAUUAAAUUUAUUUUAUUAUUGA